UCUGCGCAGAUCUCGUCUCCUCUCUUUCCGGGAUCGAUGGUUUCAGCGCUGGAACCUGCAAUUUAAGAAAGUGGAUCGGGAUCAUGGAAAAAAGGAGAGACUCCAACCCAGUGGGGUCGUUACUAGCAGCCGCUCGGGAAGUGUAUAAAAGGGUUUAUGGCGGGGAAGAUCCUAAAAUUGCAGUGUCGGCGCCCGGCAGGGUAAAUUUGAUCGGAGAGCACACCGAUUACAAUCAAGGGUUCGUGCUACCUAUGGCCAUACAGAUGAGGACAGUCGUGGUUGGGAGUCCAAGGGAAGAUGGAAUGAUAUCCAUAACUACAACUGCAGAGGAAGCGGAAGAGCCUAAAAUUGUGCAGUUUCCCCUUCCCAGGGAAGGUGUUUCCUUGAAACCCGGAGAACCUCGCUGGGCUAAUUAUGUAAAAGGGGUUAUCCAGCAUUAUAAAGCUGGCCCCCUCCCAGGCUUUGAUGUUGUGAUAGAGAGUAAUGUACCAAUAGGGGGUGGUCUCUCAAGUUCAGCCUCCUUAGAAGUGGCCAUGUACACCUUCCUGCAGCAGCUCUCUCCUGAUGACAUGGAUCCAGUUACUAGGGCACUGGUGUGCCAGAAAGCAGAACACACCUUUGCAAUGAUGCCUUGUGGUAUCAUGGACCAAUUUAUCUCCAUGAUGGGGAAGGAAGGACAUGCCUUGCUGAUAGACUGCAGGUCAUUGGAAACUCGCCUGGUCCCUUUGACUGACCCAGACUUAGUUGUUCUCAUCACCAACUCCAAUGUACGACACACUUUGACAGGCAGCGAAUAUCCCACACGCCGACGUCAGUGCGAAGAGGCAGCCAGGUUUCUGGGAAAGGCAAGCCUGAGAGAAGCCAGCAUGUCAGACUUAGAGGAGUCCAGGAGCUUCCUGAGUAAGGAGAUGUACAGGCGAGCCAGGCAUGUGAUUGGGGAGAUUGAACGCACAGCUAGAGCAGCCGAGGCUCUGGAGACCAGGGAUUAUAAGAGGUUUGGAGAGCUAAUGGUAGAGAGCCACAAUUCCUUAAGGGAUGAUUAUGAAGUUAGCUGUCCAGAAUUAGAUGAGCUGGUAGCUGCUGCCAUGGAAGUGCCUGGAGUUUAUGGUAGCAGAAUGACUGGUGGCGGUUUUGGAGGUUGCACCGUAACUCUUCUUGAAUCGGCAGCUGCAGAAAAAGUUCUGAAACAUAUCAAGGAGAAAUACAGCAGGACAGCGACAUUCUAUUUCACGAAACCCGCCGAUGGAUCUAAAAUACACCUCCUGUCAUGAAAGCUCUUCCAUCUGGCCUGUAGGAUUCACUAAGAAAAGUGAUAAGAAAAGCAUGACAUUUUUGGACAGCUUCCUGGGACAUUAGCUUGGAACAAAGUCUUGACUACUUCCAUAAAAUAAGUGAAGUAAGUGAAAAUCUCUGUGCACGCACAUAUUUUUUUUUUCUUUUAGCCAAGAGUCCAAAAGAGAUUUUUGUUUGAUUUGCAAGACAGUUUUUGGCACUGACUUUCCUUUUCAGAGAAAGACUGUAAUGAGUUUGAUUAAACAGUCCUUGAUUUCUGCAUACAGUUUUUUGAAAUAAGUUCCUUCAACAACCUGGAUGGAAAUACUGAGGCUGGGAAAGUCUGGCAUAAACUCCACAACUCUAAAGCAAUUCCUUUUUAUCUUUCCAAGCAGAGACUAAUCAUGGAAAUAGGCUGUCUCUUUUACAUUAUGCUCUAAAUAUUGCUCCUAUUCUCUCCUUCUUGCUUAACCAACAAAUGAUCUUCCAAUAAUGGAUUACCGACUAAACAUCUCUUAAAUCGAGUCACUUUGUGAUGAGUUUCUCCAUUGCAUUUCAUAUUAUCAUUUGUUACUGACAAGGAUGGGCUGGUGCAAGAUAAUACCCUCAACCCAUAUAAUUGGUACAAAUGUGGUAGAAAGUGACAGUAUAGUCAGUCACAGUGAAGUCAAAAUAAAAUAGGCAUCAUAAUGUUUAUGAGAAGUGUAAUAGCAUCGUCACUUCUAAUGCACAGAUGUAAGUUGUGUAAUUUGUAUGAUGUCGUGAUGCAUUUAUCAUCUGUCUCCAUCUGACCCAAUUCUGAUCCAGUAGACAUACAUAACCUAAAUUGAGCAAAAUUUACAAUAAUGAUAGCCUUUCUUGCAAUAGAAUGUAUGAUUGUCACGUUAAAGUAAUUGGCUAUGUUCCCUUGUAGGAAACCUUUAGUGGUUAAUUGGUUUUCAUUUUAGCAUGAUUGUGACCCAGCCUUCAUUUGUAAACCUCAGUUUAUUAAACCAAUGUUAUGCAUAAGCACAAUGUCAUAAUAAACCAGGGUUAAACACAUCAGGGAUUAGUAAUGUGUAAACUAGCCAAUACAUUUUUAACAACAACUGGCCACUAAGCAAAUUUUAAAUUAUCAUGUGCCUAGCCUGUGUUGUUAUGUAAAGCUUAGUGUUUUGUGCAGUCAUUAUAUAUCCCAACAGUACUAUCCGAACUGUAUGUUUUGGAGUGGCAACAGUUAUGUUAAAAAUGAGUUUCAGCUUGGCACUGUAAUGUAUUUACAAAAGCUAUUCAAUUAUUUUUCACGUGUAUCUCAGCUGCUAAACAAAUGCAAACUUAACUUUGCCCAUACAACAUGUUUUAAAGACAGAUUACAUUGCUAUUGAUGCUAAUUCUUAAUGCUAAUCUCAACAACUUUAUAUCCUUUUGAUUUUGGCUGUUGGAUUAUUUUAGUAACAUCUUCAGGUAGAAGUUAUAUAUUUUGCUUUUACUGCGUAAACCUAUUGAGGUUUAGGUUUGUACAAGAUCUGCAUCAUUGACCUCAUUAGCAGUCAAGCUGUUGUUUUUUUUUUAACAUAUCAUAUUUGGGAAAAAAAUAGCUGUGAUCAUAGAGAAAAUGUUUAUUAAGUGCAAUACAAAGCUAUCUGGUCCAAAGCACCAUCUGUCAGAUUUUUGAAAUACUGAAACUGCAUAUGUACUUAAUUCCAUCAAGCUCUACAAGCCAUAAUAAUCUACAAACAUGUAAUUUACAUUAUAAUGUGUUUUUCAUUAUACAUCAGUGAAAGCAUAGGAGGCCUUUUAAAACUUCUGUUUAGAAUGACCGUCUUACUAAAAGAAAUUUGGUCAUUAGACUCAGUGACUCUUUGGAUUACAUCAAGAUGUGUACCUCUUAACUCUGAGAGAAAAGUUUAAUAAUCAAUAGUAAGAGUUUACAAGAAACAGGAAAUCAUAUUAGAAAAAGAAAUGGAAAGCUCUGGAAAUAAAAGUUAAUGCAGCUUCUUCUAGGAAGAAAUGAUUUGAUCUGUUGAAUGUGAAAGAAAUCUUGCCCUUUCAAAGACAGUCCAGAACUUUAAUAAUUUCAUCUCUUAUGAAUGAUUCACAGCACUGAAUAUGAGAUUCUAAGAGCUCCAGACUGAUACAUUUUGCCUGAAUGGGCACAGCUGCAUUACUCUUCCUACUCUAGUAGCAUUGAUCAAACGUUCAGUUUCAAGAAAUAUUAUAUCCAUCUGUUCUGAGAACCACCUACAACUAUGGGGCACCUUCAUAUGGGGUGCAGGAUAAGCCAGCUAGCAUUACCCACACCUUGCGUGAUGAUUGGCAUUGAUGAAUAAACUGUCAUUUAGAUCAGAGGUUGCCAAACUUGUCAAAUCUAAGACUUGUGGACUUCAAUUCCCAGAAUUCUUCAGCUAGUAUGGAGUUGAAGCCCACAAGUUUUCAAGCUGACAAGCUUGGAGAACCCUGAUUUAGAUAGAUAAGAUGCCAUGUAAUUGCAUUCUGACUUUCUCACCGAAGAAUUCCUGGGCAGCUUCUAAAAAACUGAAGCCACAGCACUGAUGUUAAUUUGGGUUUUAGUUUGUUUCCAAAUGAGUUUUAGGAUUAUUUCCCAAAAAACACCUUGACGUGAUGCUAUCAUUGUCAAUUCACCAGUUUUUAUAUAGUUAGUUGGAGGAAAAAAGAUUGGACAAAUAGGAAAACAAUCACAUUGGGCCUAUGAGCAAGGCUAUUGUAAUUGCACCAUAAGAGCCACAUCUGAAAGUAGCUAAAUUGUUGGCUAGAAGUAAAUCGGUUUAUUUUGAGGGCUACCUCUUAAAAAUAUUAAUUGUCCAUGGCACAAUACCAAAUAUUUGAUACUGAAGUUGGGAAGUUGCUUUAAUUGGCCCCAUGUUGUAUCAGAUU